UCUGACAUCUUUGUUCACACUGCAUCGACGCUCCAAGCUGUUUAUUUGUUAGAAAAAAAGAAUAAAUUCCUAGACACUCUUGGAGUCCGCACAAACAUGGAAGUCAAGGAAGUUGUAGUAAUUGUCAAAUGGAGCGGCAAGGAGUAUCCUGUGGACCUCACCGACCAGGACACCGUGGAAGUCCUCCGCCACGAGAUCUUCCGCAAGACACAGGUGCGCCCAGAGCGCCAGAAGCUGCUCAAUCUCAAAUAUAAAGGAAAGACAGCUGCCGAUAAUAUCAAAAUUAGUGCUUUGGAACUGAAGCCCAAUUUCAAACUGAUGAUGGUGGGUUCAACAGAGGCGGACAUCGAGGAUGCCUGCAGCCUACCGGACGACAUUGGCGAGGUGGUCGACGACUUUGAUGACGCCGAGGAGCGUGAGGAAUCUGUGGAACACUCCGCCGUUUAUUUGGCCAAAGUACAACGUCGUGUGCGCGACUACAAGAUCAAGGAGCUGUCGCCUCCACGCGAGGGCAAAAAGCUUCUGGUCCUGGACAUUGACUACACUCUAUUCGAUCACCGUUCCCCGGCUGAAACGGGCACAGAGCUCAUGCGUCCGUAUCUGCACGAAUUCCUCGCCUCUGCCUACGAGGAUUACGACAUUGUGAUCUGGUCCGCCACAAGCAUGCGCUGGAUCGAGGAGAAGAUGCGACUGCUUGGUGUAGCCAACAACGAGAACUACAAGGUUAUGUUCUAUUUAGAUUCCACGGCCAUGAUUUCGGUUCAUGUACCGGAACGCGGAGUGGUGGAUGUGAAGCCGCUGGGUGUGAUUUGGGCCCUCUACAAGCAAUACAGCUCCAGCAACACCAUCAUGUUCGACGAUAUCCGCCGCAACUUUCUGAUGAACCCCAAGUCUGGUCUUAAGAUCCGUCCUUUCCGUCAGGCUCAUCUUAACCGAGGAACGGACACGGAGCUUCUCAAGCUGUCCGACUACUUGCGCAAGAUUGCCCACCACUGUCCCGAUUUCAACUCCCUGAAUCACCGCAAGUGGGAGCACUAUCAUCCCAAAAAGAACUCCUGAAUUAUUCGCACUCGUUUGUAAGAAUCGCAUAGGAUUAUAUUUAUUAAAUUAAGAUGCAUUUUGAACGCAUUGCGUCCCAGCCGAAA